AAGAAUUGCUUGGUUAUUCUAAUAUUAGUGUACUGGAAAGAGAUCUUUUACAGGUGUUUAUUGUUGUUCAUCAAAACUUGGUUCAGGUAUUUUCAUUUGGGAGUAACCGCUCUGCACAAUUUUCUAAUAACUGGAAGAAAAUUGCAAAUACUGGAAUGGUUGAACUUGGAGAAGUUCAGCUUGCUACUUACUUUGCUGAGAAGACAUUUACAAGGCAGCAUUCCUUUCAAAAUGGCUUGCCUUCACUUAUUGCAUUUCCCUCUGGAUGUAACACUGCAAAUUGUCUAAUUAGGUAUAAGGGAGAGCUUUCUGUUGAUGCUGUUACUAAUUGGUUUGCAACCACGAUCCUAAGUUUGCCUCGCAUUCUAUACUACUCAAAGGAUUCAUUGCUACAAAGUUUUGUAGAAAAAAAGCAGUCCUCAGUGAAAGUCAUUUUCUUCUCAGAAACAGGGGAGCGUACAGCUCCAUUCGUGCGUCAAGCUACCCUAAAUUAUUGGCCAUAUGUUGCUUUCGCAUUUUUGCCAUGGCGAGAAGAGGAAUCUUCCUUUUGGUGGAAUGUGUUUGGAGUGGAAUCUGCAUCUGCAAUUGUAUUUUUAAAAGAACAUGGUGUUAAACCUGUUGUGUACCAUGGACCUGCCAACAAUUCAUGUUUUGUAGGUAUAAUGGAACAAAAUAAACAUCAAGAGCUUCCACAAUUGAGAAGUGUGAUGUCCAUGGAGCUGGGUUGUGAUGCCUGUGGCUAUUCUCGUGCUGGAAAUGAAACAACAAUUUGGUACUGUGUUAUUCUAGCAGGAAGAUCAAGCCCAGAACUCAACAAAAUGCGUGCAACUCUACGCAGGAUCCAAGAAGCACUGUCCACAGUUGAUAACGAUCAGCCGUCGUCACUAGCGGUUGUUGCAUUGAAGGAAAAGCAGUUGACAUUUACCUGGCUUGAUGAGGAAGCCCAACAAAUCAUCAAGUGGAUCUCUCAAAUAAUCGAAGAUGGUGACUCUAGGGAGCUCCCCUUUUUUGAUGAUGAAGAUAGACCAAAUCAGAGACGCAAGAAGAGAGCGGUGUCAAACCAAGAUUGUCCUCCUUCCAUCACUGACACAGAACCAAAGGAUGCUUACCAGAUGCCACUAUCAGAUUCUGACUCUGAGUAAUAGAUGGUGUUCAAAGGAAUUGGGGUUUGACAUUAAGCAAAUGAAGCACAUGGGGUUCUCGAAGUAAAGAUCAAAGUUUUAUCUCCAUUGUGAUUAUACUGAUUUGCUCACAAGGUGUAACAAGUAACUAGCAAAUGGCUACCCAACAUAUAUACAUUGAUCAUUUAGAAAUUAUACCAUGAAUUUUGGGAACCUGUUUGAACUGAUAGUUUGUCCGUUUUAGUCUCAAUGUGUGACUGAAUCAUAUCUUUGUGAUAAUUUUCGAUUAUGUUACCUUCAGGAGCUGCUUUACCUUUC